GUGUAUCUCAGUGCAAAGAGGGAAAAGAGCUAACAUAGUUAUGCGCCCACUCUUGAUGCUGGAGCUCUAUGAAACACUUCAACCAGGCAUUAUUCCUGCACAACAAGGACUCUGCAUUCUACCUCAGCGUUUAGUGAAUGCAAUGCUAAUACCUUUAAGAGGUUAAAUUGCACUUCAAAUAAUCCAAAGUUCAGAAAAGCCGUAGGAAUUUGAGAGCCGAUUACUCACUUUGACACACAGCAGCAACAAGACGACAUUAACUUUCUUUUUGAUUUUUUGGCUUUUUUCAAGGACUCUUUCUGGAAACACUUUGCCAAGAUUUUAUUUGAAUUGACGCAUUCUUGUGUUAAUGAAGGUGCUACACUUUAUGAGCCAGGAUUGUCAUGAUUACAUAUUUUAUGUAAUGACAGAAAACUAAUUCAGCUGGUGCUAGAACCACACACUCCUUUGUACACAUACAAAUAUUCUAAAGGAACCCACCAGCAACAUUAUCCAGUGCCAUUAACAUUAAGCCACGUUGUGGAGUUCUAUUGUACAAAACUAUGGCAUUUGGGGACCUCCUAGAGCUGGUGGGCAGCACAGGACGCUUUCAGAUCCUGCAUGUGAUACUCCUCUGCAUACCUGUCCUGAUGAUGGCCAGUCACAACCUGUUGCAGAACUUUGUUGCUGCGGUGCCUCGUCACUACUGCAGUGCACACACGAACCUCUCUCAGUCCCAGCUGAGCCCAGAGGAAACCCUGCUGAUCACAGUGCCGCUAGACCCGACAGGGAAGCCACAGAGGUGCAAGCGUUAUGUUGUUCCACAGUGGCACCUCCUGGCUAAGAAUGGGACCUUCAGCUCAGGGGAGCAAGGAGACACUAAGGAUGGUGUGGAUGCUGACCUGCAGGAAUGUGCAGAUGGAUGGUCCUAUAACAUGACUGAGAUGAGCUCCACAAUCAUAUCGGAUUGGCAUUUGGUAUGUGAUAUGCGCUCUUGGAAGCAAAUGGGACAGACAGUCUACAUGGGAGGUGUGCUUGUGGGAGCGCUCAUCUUUGGAGGCCUUUCAGACAGAUAUGGUCGACGCAUCCUCCUGCUCAUCUCUAACCUGCUGAUGGCAGUGGCAGGAACAUGUGCCGCUUUCUCUACCUCCUUCCCCCUCUUCUGCCUGUUUCGGUUUGGUUGCGGCAUGGCUCUGUCUGGCCUAGGGCUCAACACCUUCUCACUCAUUGUGGAGUGGAUCCCCACUCGUGUGCGAACAGUGGUGGGAACAAUAACAGGUUAUUGUUACACAAUGGGACAAUUGCUCCUGGCAGUCAUAGCCUACUUCAUCCGUGACUGGAGGUGGCUAACCCUGGCUGUGUCUUUGCCCUUCUAUGUCUUCUUUCUCACCUCAUGGUGGUUUCAUGAAUCUCCAAGAUGGUUAGUCCUGAGUAAUCAGUCUGAGAAAGCCAUCAAGAAUCUUAAAAGUGUGGCCAAAUUUAACGGACGCCACGAAGAGGGAGAAAAAAUUAACAUUAAAAUGCUGCAGGAGUCCAUGAAGAAAGAGGUGUCCUGUUCACAGGGCUCCUACUCUGCCCUGGAUCUGUUCCGCACACCUACAAUGAGGACAAUGACAGUCUGCCUCAGUGCUAUUUGGUUAUCAACAAGCUUCGCUUACUAUGGUCUCGCUAUGGAUCUGCAAAAGUUUGGGGUGGACAUCUACUUAAUGCAAGUGAUCUUUGGAGCUGUUGACAUCCCUGCUAAAGUUGUCAUAACUGUGUCUAUGAGUUUUCUUGGGCGCCGUCCAUCACAAUGCGGUGCUCUUAUUGUCGCUGGAGUCACCAUUUUGAUCAACCUGCUGGUACCUUAUGAUAAACAGACUUUGCGCACCUGUUUGGCUGUAUUGGGUAAAGGUUGCCUCGCUGCCUCCUUCAACUGCUGUUUCCUUUACUCUGGAGAACUGUACCCAACUAUUAUCCGUCAGAAUGGCAUGGGCUGGGUAUCCAUGAUGGCUCGUAUAGGAUCCAUGGUGGCCCCCAUGGUGCUUCUCACGGGGGAGUAUUUACCUUGGCUACCAGGUUUAAUCUAUGGAGGAGCUCCAAUUCUCACAGGAGUGGCUGUAAUAUUCCUUCCUGAAACGCUUGGCUCACCCCUUCCUGACACAAUACAAGAUGUGGAGGACAGGGGACCUGGUAGAAGCUCCAAAAUGCCACCAAAGGAAGCAAUAGUCUUGCAAGACACGCAGUCGACGCUCCUAAAGCCGGCUGUCUGAGGGCAUCUGUAUUGUUCUUCUGAUGUUUUUGCUGACAUGUUAAUGAAAGUCGGUGCUGCUUUUUCUCUGGCCUGUUUACUUGUUUGAUUUCCGCAAAGAGUUCAUUGUGGGUUAUGAAUGCUGGAAAAUGGAGCUGGAAAGGUUUUUUGGACAGGUCAAUACAGUGAAAUUAAUAUAUCUGCAAACAAUCAGACCCAUGUUUAUUUGUUAUCCAGUAGCUUUAAGGACUUUAGUCUGACUUUGUACCAAUUAUGUUUUAUAUUUUACUUGUCUGUGUUAAAUAUUAAUUUCAUAUAAAUUCUACAGUUAAUGGUUAUGCUGUGCUUUACUGGAGUUUUUAUAACUUCUCUUACUUUAUAAAUAACCCUGUGUUUGUAAAAAAAAAAAAAAAGUACUUUCUUUAAAAUCAACACCUCUUCAUUCAUAUCUUGUGUUUCUCUCCUUUCUUACCAUCUGUGGAACCCAAAUACUCACUAUGAUUUGUUAUCUAAAUGGGUCAUUGUCAGCUACUGCUCAACUGCUGAACAGCUGAACUGAAACAAAUCAGAUGAAGAACCUGUUUGACCAGGAUAAUAAAUCAAUGAUUUAUAUCAUAUAUCAAUGAAUAAACACAAGCAAUCACAUUCAGGAUCAAAUAUUACUUCACACAAACAUCCUCAAACAUCCCAAAGUAUUACUCAGUUUUAAUUUAUUUUACUUUUUAACUUUGUGUUCACAUGAGAACCUCUGGUUUCCCAUUAAAGUUGGUCAAAAUUUACCUCACUCUUUAAAUAUUAAACUUUGGCAGUCUAGGUAAAGCCUCCAGGACUUUUAAUGGACAAACUGAAUCAUGGAUAUAUUUGGAUAUCAUGGAUGACACUAAAUUAGACUUGCUUUUGGAAAUUGUUCUUCCUAUGAUAUUUACUGUGAGGAAGACUUCAUUCUGUGCCAGAUUCUGUGUGACAGAUUCAGUCCAUUGUUAUUUUCUUCAUUUAUGUUUUGUUAACAUGGCUCUCUCUAGGGACAGUUGCUGUCCAGAUGUGAGCCUUUCAGCCAAGACAAAUGUUUCAUUUAACAAAACUUGUGUUUGAUAGAUUUGUGCUGGAAUAUAGAGCAUGAGCUGCUGGUGGUCAGUGCCUUGACUUCAAAUGAUGAAAAUAAAUAAACAAAUGAACACCUAA